AUAUACAUAUACAAGUUUUUUGUGUGAAAUAUAACAUAUAACGACACUAUCUGUCAUUAUGCAGCCGGUGCUGGAACUGAGCAUUUAUACACUGCUGCGCAUGGCGUUCAUUUGGCAGCUCGUCUCCUUGGCCAUUUAUUUGGUAGGCACUUUGGCAAUUGGCGCCUUUCUCUACGACAAUUUCAAAUCCUUGAUCAGUAUUAUCAAAGCCUUGCUGGAGCCGUACUUUCAGCCGCAGUUGCCGCAGAGCUUGCUGGAUAAAUUUGGCAAAUGGGCAGUGAUAACCGGCGCCACUGAUGGCAUUGGCAAGGAGUAUGCCAGAGAAUUGGCACGCCAAGGUCUCAAUCUGGUGCUCAUCUCACGCACCAAAGAGAAGCUUAUUGCGGUAACCAAUGAGAUUGAGAGCGAGCACAAGGUGAAGACCAAAUGGAUAGCCGUCGAUUUUGCCAAGGGACGCGAAGCUUACGACCAAAUCGAAAGGGAGCUGGCGGGCAUUGAAGUGGGUAUACUGGUGAACAACGUGGGCAGAAUGUAUGACUAUCCGGAGACUCUGGAACUGGUGCCCGAAGAUACCAUCUGGGAUAUACUGACCAUCAACAUUGGCGCUGUCACCAUGCUGACCCGCAAGAUAGUGCCACAAAUGAAAUCGGCUGGAAGGGGUGCGAUUGUUAAUAUUGGCUCUGGAUCGGAGCUCCAGCCCAUGCCAAAUAUGGCCGUUUACUCGGCUACCAAGAAGUAUGUCACAUUUUUCACUCAGGCCCUGGAGCAGGAGCUGGCCGAGUUCAAUGUGACCGUGCAGCUGGUCAUGCCCAUGUUCGUGAUUACCAAAAUGAAUGAGUAUUCCAAUUCGGUGAUGCGCGGAGGUUUUCUAAUACCCACUGCACGCAGCUUUGCGCGUUCCGCUGUCUUCACGCUGGGCAAAACGAGCAUAACGACGGGCUUCUGGACGCACGGACUUCAGUACUUUUUUAUGAAGCUGGCGCCGCAGCAUCUGCGCAUGCUCAUUGGCCACCAGCUGACGCGCCGCCUGCGGCUCGAGGGUUUGAGCCAAAAGAAGAUAACCUAGUAAACAAAUACUGCAUUGCACGAACAACUUGUACAUCUUAGAUCUUAAGAGUCUUGUAAAUAUUGGCGCAUAGUUUUAAUCAUAAUAAAAACUGUAA